AUGCCUUAUGUCACAGUGCAGGUUAUUGUUCCUGCAGGUACACGAAAGAGGCGGUCAGGGCGGAUGCCAAGGUUCAUGCAACGGUACGAGACGGGCUUUGAAUUUGCUCAAAGUGCGGGAAUGACCGCUCCUCUAUCCUUCCAGUUACAGCAGAGUGUGGUCAGUAUGCUAGACCAAAAAACAUUGAUUGCCCGCUUGCCAGUAUGCCACAGACUUACUCCAUGCGUCUCAGCAGGGAACAGCGUGAAUGGCGAUGCGGCAGAAGAAAGAGGCAAGGUAGUAAAUGCGAUCGUCACGGUAUCACACUGCAUCGAAAACCUGGAAAAGCACCGGGAGAAACUGCACAGAAUAAGCCGGCGGGCACCUCAUCUGCGCUAUGGCGGUAGCACCAUAGCCCGCGAAGCCGGCGACCUGAUAAUCGUUAAGAUGGCACUGCUCAACGCUUUCGCAUCCACGGAAAUUAGAUAG